GUGUGCGCCGUGCUGGCGGCCGUGACGGAGGUGAUCCGCGCGCAGGGCGGGAGCGAGACCGAGACCGAGUACUUCGCUGCGCUGAUGACCACGAUGGAGGCUGUGGAGUCCGCGGAGUCGCUGGCUGCGGUCGCCUACCUGCUCAACCUGGUGCUGAAGCGGGUCCCGGCACCCGUGCUGAGGAAGAAGUUCUCCGAUACCUCAAAAGCCUUCAUGAGCAUCCUGGCCUCGCAGGCCGGCAGCAGCUCCACCUCUGCCUUGCGCUGGGUCGUCUCCUGCCUGGCCACGCUGCUGCGGAAGCAGGACCUGGCGGCCUGGAGCUACCCCGUCACGCUGCAGGUCUACCACGGCCUGCUCAGCUUCACGGUCCACGCCAAGCCCAAGGUGCGGAAGGCAGCGCAGCAUGGCAUCUGCUCCGUGCUCAAGGGCAGCGAGUGCCUGUUUGGGGAUGCAGCCCCCGAGCACCACCCGGCUGCACGCUCCACGGCCAAGUUCUGCGUGCAGGAGAUUGAGAAGGCCGGAGGCACCAAGGAGGCCACGACCACCCUGCACGUGCUGACGCUGCUGCGUGACCUGCUGCCCUGCCUGCCCGCGGCCGCCACAAAGACCUGCUGCGAGACCCUGCUCCGCGUCAUGACCCUCGGCCACGUGCUGGUGACGGCGUGCGCCAUGCAGGCCUUCCACGGCCUCUUCAGCGCCCAGCCCAGCCCUGCCUGCCUCCCUGCUGAGCUCAACGCCCAGAUCAUCACGGCGCUGUACGACUACGUGCCCAGCGAGAGCGACCUGCAGCCCAUGCUGGCUUGGCUGGCCGUCAUGGAGAGGGCCCACAUCAACCUGGUUGGGCUGCAGAAGGAGCUGUGCUGGGGGCACCUGCCCCGGCUCUUCGCGGCUGCCAUGACCUGCCUCCUGUCGCCACACCCCCAGGUGCUGUCAGCCACUGCACAGACCCUCAAGGUGCUGCUGAGUGAGUGCGUGGCCCCCCACGUGACCGACUUGGGGCCUGUUUCCACCUCCGCCUCUGGCCCCGCCGCCUCUCUCUGCAAGAUGUUCAGGGCGGUGGAGGAGGGGCUGACGUACCGGUUCCACGCGGCAUGGGCACCCGUGCUGCAGGUGCUGCGGGCCUUCUUCGAGGCAUGUGGGAAGCAAGGACACCCCGUCAUGAGGAAGUGCCUGCAGUCCCUGUGCGACCUGCGCCUGUCCCCGCACUUCCCCUACACCACUGAGCUGGAUGAGACGGUGGGGGCCGCUGUGGGCACCAUGGGCCCCGAGGUGGUGCUGGAGGCUGUGCCCCUGGGCAUUGAUGGCCGGGAGGAGAUGCUGGACUUCCCGCGCAGCUGGCUCCUGCCCGUGCUCCGGGACCACAUCCGCGGCGCCCGGCUCGGCUUCUUCACCAGCCACUUCCUGCCCCUGGCAGCCGCUCUGAAGGGCAGAGCUGUGGAGCUGGCUCAGGACGGGAAGACGCUGGAGUCCAAGAUCUAUGACACGCUGCAGGGGCAGGUGUGGUCGCUGCUGCCUGGGUUCUGCCGGUGGCCCACGGACGUGGUGAGCUCCUUCAAGGGGCUGGCGCGCACCCUGGGCACGGCCCUCAGCGAGCGCCCCGACCUGCGCCUCCCCGUGUGCCAGGCCCUGCGCACUCUCAUCACCAAGGGCUGCCAGACGGAUGCUGAGCGGACCGAGGUCGGCCGCUUCGCCAAGAACUUCCUGCCCAUCCUGUUCAACGUGUACAGCCAGCCCGGCGACGACGGGCGCAACUCGGCACAUCGGCGUGCCGUGCUGGACACUGUCCGCGCCUACCUCACUGUCACCGAGCAGCAGAUGGUGUGCGGGUUCCUGCAGAAAGCCAGCGAGAAGCUGAGCAGCCCCGACAGCUCCGAGUUCACCAGGCUGUCCAUCCUGGACCUGAUCGUGGCCAUGGCACCCUAUGCCGACGAGCCGACUCUGGACGCCCUGUACCACACCAUCCAGCCCUCCCUGCAGACCAAGGAGCACGGGGUGCAGAAGAAGGCGUACCGGGUGCUGGAGGAGGUGUGCGCAGCACCCCAUGGCCCCUGCCAGGCCUUCGUCCGCAGCAACCUGGGGGAGCUGAAGACGGUCCUGCUGGACUCCCUCAAGAGCGCUGCAUCCCCCGCCAAGAGGCCACGGCUCAAGUGCCUGUUCCACAUUGUGAAGCAGCUGACAGCCGAGGACGAAGCCUUCAUCACGGCUCUGGUCCCAGAGGUGAUCCUGUGCACCAAGGAAGUGUCGGUGGGCGCCCGCAAGAACGCCUUUGCACUGCUAGUGGAGAUGGGCGAAGCCUUCCUGCGCUUCGGUCCUGCCCCGCAAGAGGCCAUGCAGCGGUUCCUGCUCCUCGCCUACGCGGGGCUCACGGGCUCCGUCGCCAUGAUCAGCUGCACGCUGCUGGCGCUCACCCGCCUCCUCUUCGAGUUCAAAGAGCACCUGGGCCCGGGUGAGACGGGUCAGCUGCUGCAGAGCGUCUGCCUGCUCCUGGGCUCCCGCACCCGCGACGUGGUCAAGGCCGCGCUCGGCUUCCUCAAAGCCGCGCUGCUGCUCGUGGACGUCAAGCUGCUGACCACACAUGUCCCCACCAUACUGGAGGCCGUGGGGGCCCUGUCGGACGACAUGAGGCGUCACUUCCGCACGAAGCUGAAGAACCUCUUCACCAAGUUCAUCCGCAAGUUCGGGUCAGUUGUGGAGGGGGUACAGGGGGCGCAGCUCCAGCUCGGGCCUUUUGUGACGCUCAGGGCUGCAGGCCGCGGGCGGAGCCAGCGCCCCCUGCGCCAGGCGGCCACUCGCAACCAGGACCCCGAGGCGCUGCCUAAACCCAGAGGGGACAGCAUGGAGGAGGUCCUGGCUGACUCAGACGAGGAAGAGGAGGAGGAGAGGGGCAGGAGGGGGCCGAGGCAGCCCCGGGGCCAGGCCUGGCUGAAGGAGGGUGCAGGGGACGAUCCCCUCAACUUCCUGGACUCCAACGUGGCACAGCGGGUGCUGGCCACGAGGCCGGGCAGCAGCCGGGCGGGGAGAGCGAGCCGCGACUUUGGCGUGUCGGAGGAUGGGCGCCUCAUCAUCCGCGAAGACGAGGAUGAGGACAGGGAGGAGAACGGCAGAGCCAGAGACAUGGACGAGGAGACGGCCGACCUGAUGCAGGACAUGGGGCUCCGGAGUAAGAAGGCCCAGAAGCGCCGGUUCCGCGAGGAGGCAGGUGACGAGGAGCUGGAGGGCGAUACUGCAUCGCACUACAGAGCGGGAGGUUCUGGCAUCCACCGGCCGCUGGGCAAGGAGGCAGCGUUUGGGGCUGACUACACGUCCAAGGUAAGGGCCCCCUAUGGCACCUGCCCCUGGGGUAGUGGGGUUGGCACCAGCUUUGAUAGCCCUUGUGCUGUGGUCUCCUCUAUGCCCUGCCCUGGAGCCCUGGGUGCAGCCAGAGGCAGCUGCCCAGAGCCGAGACACUCGGGCCCAGCCUGGGGCUGCAGCAGGCUUGGGGCUCUGGUAGAGUCCUGGGGCUGCGGGGUCAUGUCCAGUCCAGCCCCUGCCUGAGGCAGGAUCAGUCCC